AUGGCCAGUUCACCGGCAUCGCCGCGAAGGCGGCAUAUCCUAUCGUCGGUUAAUCCCAGCGACAGUCACGAAAACACACAAGAGCCAACCAAGCGCAGGUCAUCGCCUGGCCCAACCCCGACGGACGCAAAAGACAAAGAGCAAGCGGCAACAGACGGCGGCGAAGACUUGCGGCCUAGAUCAUCACGCAUCAGAUUAAAAUCUAAGCAUUCCAAGUCAAGCAGAUCGCAUCGUCAACGCGACCGCGACCGCGACCAGGACCAGGACCACGACCACGGCCCAUACGCCGAUGAUGACGAUUCUCGCUCGAGUCGCCGCCACCGCCACCGCCACAACAGCCGGCGACAUCGCAGGCGAUCACGAUCUCCGACACCGCCGAACCCCUACGAACCCCAGGCUCUCGACCCAGACGCUGCAUUCCGCGAGUCCCUCUUCGACGCGAUGGCGGACGACGAGGGUGCGGCAUACUGGCAGGGUGUGUAUGGGCAGCCGAUACACGUCUAUUCCAACGAGCGCCCAGGACCAGAGGGGGAGCUGGAGCGGAUGACGGACGAAGAAUACUCUCAGCAUGUUAGGCAGAAGAUGUGGGAGAAGACACACCAGGGGUUGAUUGAAGAGCGGGCCCGUCGAGAAGAAGCACGGAAACGCAAAAAGGAGGAGGAGAAGCUCAACAGGAAGCUACAAGAGGACAUGGAGAGAAGCCUGCGUCGCGGGGAGGAGCGCCGCAAGAAAAGAGUCUGGAUCCAGCUCUGGGAGGCCUACGCGCGAGGCUGGUCAGAGUGGGCCAACGACGUGGACAAGAUCCCCUGGCCUGUAGAAAGCGGUCUGCAGAGAGACAUCAACGAGAAGGAAGUCCGACGGUUCAUUGUCAACGGGCUGGGUGUAGAGGAUACUGGCGAGAAGGAGUUUGCUGCAAAGCUACGCGAGGAACGAGUGCGAUGGCAUCCCGACAAGAUGCAGCAGAAACUUGGCGGACAGGUGGACGAUGCGGUCAUGAAGGACAUUACGGCAAUUUUCCAAAUCAUUGACAAGUUAUGGGCAGAUACCCGGUCGAAGGCAUAG